GCGCCGUGGCGGCUUGUGCUCGGCCGCCGGUUCCGGAGGAGGGCCGGACCCGGCUGGGUGGGUGGGAAGUGCGGCUGGUAAUCUGGCAGCCGCCGAGAGAGAGAAGAUUAUAAAUGCCAGAGCCAUUUAAAUGAUGGUUAGCUGUUGAAUUCUGACACUUCCUUAAAUACCUUCUUGCACCAACAUCUUCAGAGGGAAGAGUUCAGGAAAAGUAGCAGAGGGAAGGAGAGACAACAGUUACAUGUACCAUGGCUAUACCAAUAACAGUACUUGACUGUGAUCUCUUGCUAUAUGGCCGAGGUCACCGCACAUUGGACCGCUUUAAGCUGGAUGAUGUGACAGAUGAAUACUUGAUGUCCAUGUAUGGGUUUCCUCGACAGUUCAUUUACUACUUGGUGGAACUCUUGGGGGCGAGUCUUUCUAGACCUACCCAGAGAUCCAGGGCUAUUAGCCCAGAGACACAGAUCCUUGCAGCACUGGGCUUCUAUACCUCAGGUUCCUUCCAGACUCGGAUGGGAGAUGCUAUUGGAAUCAGUCAGGCAUCUAUGAGUCGAUGUGUUGCCAAUGUCACCGAAGCGCUUGUGGAAAGAGCUUCGCAGUUCAUCCGCUUUCCAGCUGAUGAAGCCUCCGUGCAGGCUCUGAAGGAUGAAUUCUAUGGGUUGGCAGGGAUGCCAGGGGUCAUAGGGGUGGUUGACUGUAUCCAUGUGGCAAUCAAGGCACCAAAUGCUGAAGACCUUUCCUAUGUGAACCGCAAAGGUCUUCAUUCUUUAAACUGCCUCAUGGUGUGUGACAUCAGAGGGGCACUGAUGACUGUGGAGACAAACUGGCCGGGGAGCCUCCAGGACUGUGCUGUGCUACAGCAGUCUUCUCUCAGCAGUCAGUUUGAAGCUGGGAUGCACAAAGAGAGCUGGCUGCUUGGUGACAGUUCCUUCUUUCUCCGCACCUGGCUUAUGACCCCACUUCACAUUCCUGAAACUCCAGCCGAAUAUCGCUAUAAUAUGGCCCAUUCUGCAACUCACAGUGUGAUUGAGAAGACUUUCCGAACCCUCUGCUCCCGAUUCCGCUGCCUGGAUGGAUCCAAGGGGGCACUGCAGUACUCACCGGAGAAGUCCAGCCACAUUAUCUUGGCCUGCUGUGUCCUUCACAACAUCUCCCUGGAGCAUGGGAUGGAUGUCUGGUCCUCUCCAGGGACAGGACCCGUGGAACAGCCUCCUGAGGAAGAGUAUGAGCACAUGGAGUCCUUGGACCUAGAGGCUGACCGUAUCCGUCAGGAGUUGAUGCUCACUCACUUCAGCUAAUGUGGAAGGUGGGGAGGGGGGGAGGCUUUCCAGAAGGAGCUGUGACAAACUUUCCCUCUCACCACCCCCUACACAGUUCCAUCAUCUAGCAUGACUGAGCGUGUGGACACUUGUCACAAACUGACAUUUAAUCUGCAUGUUUUAGAAAGGUUGAGGCUAGGCCAGAAUAUCUUGAUUCAUUUGCAAGUUUAUUAACUAAACCAAAACCUCCGAGACAACAGUUCUCUACUAUCCGUUGAACACCAGGUUAGCACCACUCACUCAUUUGAAAGUUCCCCGGUUGCAGACAUUUAUAUCAUGCUUACAAAAUCAAAGCAGAGGGAAAAAUAGCAUCUAGACAGCCAGAACACUUUGUUUCAGUUAUCUAGAGAUUUCAAAAGAAAACAAUAUUUGUCCUGAAAGAUUUGGAUGGUAUUUUAGCUUUUCUACUUUACUACCUAUAUAGGCAUAAUCUGAGGCAAGUGUGAAGAGUAAAUUUCAGUUGGGAAAUGGUCCUCUGACAUAAAUAAAUGGCUACUAAUGUGAUUUUUCAGCUUUGUGUUUUUAAGAGGAGGUUAGGGACAGUCCAAAACCUCCAUCUUAAUUCUGUCUGUAAUUACUGAGCUGUGACUUGGACCUAGUUCCCAGGGAGAACAUCUGGACUCCAAUCUCUUACUUCCAACCCUGAGUAGGAGCUAAAGGCUAAAUGGGUUUAAGAAUUCAAUCAGCUUAAAGAAGACAAGUCAAAUAGAGACAAAACAGCAAGCUUACACUUUACAGGGGAUUUAAAGACCCUGAAAGAUUGAUGGGCAAAGGAAAUUCACCCAGGUUUAGACAGUCCACAUCUAAAUAGAUCACAUUUCUUAUGAUUAUGAUGUUAGGAUGUCUUUUUGGCCAUUCUGCUUUGAAAUUCCUUGUUCAGAAAGAAAGUUUAGGGGAUACAGAAGACAUGUAUUAAAAAGGAGAGGUAAAAGGAAUAUAAUUUCUUGGUUUGAAAUGAAUUUUUGAGUUAGACCUACUUGAAUAUCUUCUGUGCAAAGUGAUGGACAGAACUUCUCAGGAAAUAAAUAAUCCUCCACCAAGUCUUAUUCUAAAAUUAUACUGAUAUAAAAAUAACCUGGGCUUCCCUGGUGGCGCAGUGGUUGAGAGUCCGCCUGCCGAUGCAGGGGACAUGGGUUCGUGCCCCGGUCCGGGAGGAUCCCGCAUGCCGCGGGGUGACUGGGCCCGUGAGCCAUGGCUGCUGAGCCUGCGCGUCCGGAGCCUGUGCUCCGCAAUGGGAGAGGCCACAACAGUGAGAAGCCCGCAUACCGCAAAAAAAAAAAAAAAUAACCUGAUUGGAAUAAUGAAAGUGUGAAUUAGGUUCACACAUUGGUGCCUUUGCUGGGACAAAAUAGAGCCUUUCCUGAGGAUUGUUUUGUUCCCAGUUUCUCAGCCACUCACCCAUGUGAUCCCUCUGAAAUGUCCUCAUGGAUCAUUUCCUACCUGCCUUUGGCAGUGUUAAUCUGGUGAUUUUCAAAGUAAAGAAGUGAACAGCUGAUGACAAAAGAAAUUUGGAAAUAAAUUGAAGGUGACUCAUCCACAAGAUUAAAAACAAUUAUGGAUUAUUAUCUGCUAUUUAUUUCUACUCCAAAUGCUAUUUUCCAUCAUCAUCCUACUCUGUAAGGAGUGGGUCCAUUUGGCAGGAGGUUGAGCUUAACAAGUGCAGUGAUAUUGCUGAGAUGGGAGUGGACAAUGAAGAGGUGACUGGAAACUUUUGUUCUAUUCAUUAUGCAAUAGAGGUGCCCUGUUAUGUUUUUUUUUCUUUGUCAAGUUAAACCUGUGACCCAAGCUUGCUUUGUCUCCCUGAUAGGCAAUAUUUUAACUCUC